CGGAAACUGGCAAGUUCACGAUAUAGAGAAAAGCGGCGAGAGGUGAUGCUUGGACGAAUAAAUAAUCAAACAACUUAACAAAAACACGUAGGAACUGUUAUCAGGUGCUUACUUUAAUAUAGCGCCGUCGACGGAAGGCCCACAACAAUGUCUGCCCAAGCUCAAAUGAGAGCUUUGCUCGACCAGCUAAUGGGAACAGCGAGGGAUGGUUCAGUGUAUCUUUGCCAGCCUACAACAAUCUGCAAAGGAGUUGCAGAAAAGCCUCAUGUUCAUCGAGCCGUGAGUCACACAUAAUUUUUAAAGCUGUUAUGAUGAAUAUCCAAACCAUUUGUUUGCCUUCCGGAAGUUAUUGUAGCCUUUUUUUAAAUCACACAAAUGGGUAUAUCUUCAGUGGCACUAGAAUUACAAUUUGGAGUAGUAUUAUGCAGCUUGAGCUAAGACGUCUGGUCGCGCAGAAUCCAAACGAGCAGUUCGUCUGUUUUCAGAAGGCAAUUUUAACAAUCAUCGAGAGAAAAAACAACAACUUUGCACACAUCAUUUACAAUCUGACUUGUGUAUCACUCCCAACUUCUUACUACAGGUAUGGGCAAGAAAACUGUUCCCAUUUAUACUUUUCUACAGCGGGUUUAAAAUUCUGCAGCUGAGGUCUUGAAGAUGCAGAAGGGUACAGUAUGUGGUGCAGAUCGCAGUGUGUAUAAAGUCAUUUUUUUCCUUGGAUUUUUUUUGUGUUUUUGUUUUGAAUUUCUUUUUAAAUGUUUCAUAUUUGUAAAAAGGCUUGGCUGGAACAUUUGUCUGAAAUGUUUACAUUGCUUAUCACAUUCUUGAUAGCAGACUUUCUUGCAUAGUCAUAUGCACUGAAAUGUAAUGAACACUCUCCAAAAUCAAGUUAGGUCUGUUCCCACUAGUUAACUGAAAGUUUGUAGUUAUUGUUUACCUUUUGUGUGUCCCUAUUAGCCUAAUCUCUUAAAGAUCCACAUGUAUGGAGUGGACAUUGAGCCUUAUCACAAGUUAAACUGAGUUGAGGCUCUAACAUCGCCAUGUUUUUAUUAAGGUUUGGGUAAGGUAAGCUCCAAGAAUAACAGGAACCAUAUAUAUAGAAAGAGAGAGCCACGUGUAACUUUCCCUUCUUCAAUCAUGACACAUAAAUGGACAAUAAACGUAGUCCAGCAGAGGACCAGUAUUUAUUACUGGUAAAUAUAAUAUCAUACCAAUGAAGUACGUCAAACUUUGACGAUCAUAAAUAAAACGAUUGGUUUUCACUCAUUUAGGUGGGAACACAAUCCUUGAAUGCAGUUAUAGUGACAUAUCUGCCCAUUUAAUGUUGAGCAAUUACAGUAAUGUAUUGUAAUGCACUGAAUACCUCGCCCCUGAUAACAAUUAUGUGAGGUCUUUCUCACUGGUUGUUUUCUGGAUUGUUACAGGGGAUGAGACGCGACAGAGGGUCAAGUACACUGACGAGCGAGUCUGCAAAAGUCAUCUUCUAAACUGCUGUCCGCAUGACAUCCUGUCUGGAACUCGUAUGGACCUGGGAGAGUGCACCAAGAUCCAUGACCUGGCACUUCGGGCAGAUUAUGAAAUUGCUUCCAAGGAGAAAGAUCUGUUCUUUGAGCUUGACGCGGUGGAUCACCUGGAGUCAUUCAUUGCCGAUUGUGACCGGAGAACAGAACUAGCCAAGAAGCGCCUGGCUGAGACCCAAGAAGAGAUCAGUGCUGAGGUGGCAGCAAAGGCAGAGAAGGUUCAUGAGCUGAAUGAGGAAAUAGGGAAGCUCCUGGCCAAAGCUGAGCAUCUCGGAGCCGAGGGCAACGUCGAUGAGGCCCAGAAAGUCCUGCAGGAAGUGGAGAAGGUUCGCACUAAGAAGAAAGAUGCAGAGGAAGAGUACAGAAACUCCAUGCCAGCCUCCAGCUUCCAGCAGCAGAAGCUUCGGGUGUGCGAGGUGUGCUCCGCUUACCUGGGUCUCCACGACAAUGACCGUCGUCUGGCCGACCAUUUUGGUGGGAAGCUUCAUCUGGGCUUCAUCCAGAUCAGAGAGAAACUGGACCAACUCAAGAAAACUGUGGUCGAGAAGCAGGAGAAAAGGAACCAGGAGCGCUUGAAGAGACGAGAAGAGAGGGAGAAAGAGGAAAAGACGAAGAAGAUGACCAGAUCACGGAGCAGAGAGCAGAAAAGAUCCCGUUCUCGUGACCGCAGAAGGAAGCGCUCGAGCUCCACAUCGCGAGAGAAGCGCCGUUCGCACUCACGCUCCAGGGAGAGGAGGAGGCGGCAUCGCAGCCGAUCCCGCUCUCGCAGCCGAGGACACCGUCACAGCCACGAGCAGAGCUCCAGACACAAGUCUUCCAGGGACCGAGAGCGCUCAUCCAGAGACCGGUCACGGGAGCGAGACAGGAAGGAGGGCGUGAACGGCAGGGCGGACUCCCGCCGGGCAGACGACAGGGACAUGGGGGACCUCUGAAGACCAAACUCCAUCCGUCACAACACACAGCCUCCUCCUGUCUGUCAUUUAUAAUAAUAUCCCUAAUGUCACACACAGCCCUCGCCUUGAGCCCUUUGUUCUCCCGCCUGCCUCCUUUUCUUUGCUUUGACAGUUAAUGCAGCCGACCCAGAGUGUACACACCCCCGAAGUAUUGUAUGGACAUAAAAUUCUAGCGUCCAGAUAAAUCAGAAAACUGCAUUUUGAUGGGCGGAUUUGAGUUAUUGAUCAGUAGUGGAGUGUACUGUAAUACCCACAUCUGUGAUUUGGUUGCUGUCUGUAUCCAAUACAUCCCUCGUCGUCUUAUAAACUGCCCUGCAAUGACUCGAACACAAACAGCAAACAGACAGGUCUGCUGGACUAAAGCAUAAAGUGUAACUGAUCCUUUUAUUAAUAACUGACGGUCUUUUGAUACAGAAUCUGUCUGAAUAUCUUGUAUCUGAAUAUGUUUUGGGCCUACUGAUUGUUGUGGUCUGAAAAGCCUCUUCCUCUUCUUCAUCUCCCUCUAAAGAUGCAUUUCCACCAGCCCCCCGGUAAACUGCAGGAGGUAUCGACCGCUCGAGUGCAGUUUAUGAAUGUUUAUCCACGUUUUUCUUUUCUCCAGUAUUUAGCUUUAGGAACCCAAUUCAGAACCCAAAGGUUUUAAAGUUGCGAGUAUUAGUAUCGACCUUAUGUUUCCCAUUGUCCACAAGUGCUGCCGGUAGUGAAGGGAAUCUAUUUGAUUAAGAGUAAACGCUUGUUUUGAAUUGUAUUGGUGGCAUUUCUCUUGUUUUAUAAUUUGUUUCCAUCUUGAUUUGUAUUUAAAAUAAAGGUUUGUCCGCAUGUGAAGCAGUAUUUCUGCUUAACGUUUUUUAUUAGUCUUUAUUUUUGACCCAAUUUGGACAAAAUCCUCAGAAUAGAUUCAUAAUGGCAAACUGUUUUUAAAUGGAUGCAUUGCUUUACCUAAUGUGUGAGGUCAUAUCUGGUUAUGUUCUGCUGGAAAUCUUUCUUUAAAGUCUCGAAUAAAAAAAGAAAAAUAUCA